CUGAGAAGAUCUUCUGUAGAAGAAAUAAAAUCUUAACUUUUUUUUUUUUUAAGCGCGGAAAUAAGUUCUCUUCUCCCUACGAAGCUUCGGACUCGAUUAUGUUUCCUUGAUCUCUCGACUGCAAAGGCAAAGACUCGAAGAAGCUAUUCUCUGCUUGAUUCAUAAACCAAAGAUGGCCAUGGGUAUGGUGAAGGAGACCGGCUUGGAACCUGCCAAGCUUUUGGGCCCUGAAUCUGCUUCUGAAAGGACACUGUAUCCAUAUGUAACGGGCACAUCUGUUGUAGCUUUGAAGUAUAAAGACGGCAUUUUGAUGGCUUCGGAUAUGGGGGCAUCUUAUGGAUCCACCUUGCGGUAUAAGAGUGUUGAGCGAAUCAAGCCUAUUGCGAAGCAUUCUCUUCUUGGUGCUAGUGGAGAAAUUAGUGAUUUUCAGGAGAUUCUACGUUACCUUGAUGAGCUGAUCCUCUAUGACAACAUGUGGGAUGAUGGAAACUCUUUGGGUCCAAAAGAGGUCCACAACUAUUUGACUAGGGUGAUGUAUAAUAGGCGCAACAAGUUUAAUCCACUGUGGAAUUCACUGGUUCUUGGUGGAGUUAAAAAUGGACAAAAGUAUCUUGGCAUGGUCAGUAUGAUAGGAGUGAAUUUUGAGGACAAUCAUGUAGCUACUGGAUUUGGAAACCACCUUGCACGGCCAAUACUCCGUGAUGAGUGGCGCGAGGACCUGAGCUUUGAAGAUGGUGUUAAAUUGUUGGAGAAAUGCAUGAGAGUCCUCCUAUAUCGCGAUAGAUCUGCUGUGAACAAGCUUCAGAUAGCUAAAAUUACUGAGGAAGGUGUAACAAUUUCACCCCCUUAUGCACUAAAGACCUUGUGGGGAUUCACUGCAUUCCAGAAUCCAACAGUUGGUGCUGAAGGAUCAUGGUAGACGGGCGGUUGAUCGACUGAACCCUGAAAUUUACUUUAACCAUUUUGGGGUUUAGUCUGCUUGUUAUUAUAUCUGAAUCAUGGAUACUCUCUUAAAUUAUGUUGGCCUUUCGUUUUUCUGCAUGUAAUUACUUUAUCCAUCAUGUACUUUACCUUUCGAAAAUAAAUUAUAUGCUUCAUUCACGCAAAA